AUGCUUGAUCAAAAUUCUGAUUCUACAGAGUCAAGUGACUUUUUCAAUGGACAUCCAUUUAAUGACGCGUCUGUUAUUCUACAACCAGCCAAUUCAUUAAACGUACAGUUAUCCACCGGUUCAAAAGCAUGGCGCGGUCCUAUUCGGUUUCAUCCAUUACAUUGUUUGAGUGAAUGCAUGGAUUUCAUAGCUAAAAAUGGUUGUAUUGAAAACUCAUAUGCUAUUGAAAUGCGAUGCACGUUGGACAUAAUAUCAGCUAAUAUGACACAGCAACAAUUACCAUGUUUGCUAGAUGGUUAUGCUGACCUAUUUCAGAUUAUCUUCAAAGUCAUUCCGUUUAAUGAUAAUUCGGUCGGUGAUGAUAACCAAAUAAGUACAUUUGUUGGUGUUUCAGUCAACGGCGAGCAAUCAAAGUAUCAAAAUUUUGCUUGCAUAAUGUAUUGUUGCAGACAAAACUUAUUUGUACCACUUUAUGUCACUGCUACUGAUGGUUCUUUAAAAACUUGUUUUUCAAUGAAUGAUGAAAGCAUCAUCAGAGACAUUAGUAACUUUUUAAAAGAAUGGAAUGAUACAACAUGUGCAGGUUUAACAUACGAAAUUGGCAACAUUAAUGGUAACAAUCACAAUAUGACAAAUACUCAAAAUUCUCAUAGUAUGAAUAACUUUGAUGUUCAAAUUUCUUCAGAAUCAACUUCUGAAAACGAUACUAUAAUACCGGCUAGUGCAGCAAUUGAAAAUCAUCUUCAACUUGCUUCACAAUCCAUUAUGAAAUUGAAUAAUAAACUCAAUAGUAUUCCAAUUAAGAUGGAAAUAAACUAUCCAACAUCGACUGAUUUUGAUCGAUUGUCUGAAAACGAUUUAAUCAAAAUAAUAGAAAAUGAAUUUAAUUCAAUCUUGCAAAUUGCUCGAAUUGCUAUGAAUCCUGUUCAUGUGGAAGAAGUUUCAUCAAUGGAAACCGACAACAAGGAAUGCUUUACAGUAUCGAAGAAUAAGAAUAACACUCAACGCCGAAAAAGAAUUCGUACCUCUCAAUCUUCAUCAAAUAAUUUGAAAUGCUUAGCAACAAUAGUGAAUACUCCAAGUGUUAACAACAUAUUAUCACAAUAUGCUGCUCCAAAAGUUUUAAUAGAACCAAAUCGUUAUCAACAUGUUCGUAUGUUCAGUGAUCUAGAAGCAGGUGUUUGUCCUCUAAUACAAGCAGGUGAUGAAGAUGCUGGACAACGAACUUAUGUUGAAAUUCAGGUACCAAAGGAUGGUAAACCUGAACUUUAUGCUCGUGUUAGAGCUGUUACAGUGAACAAUGAUAAGCAUCACUUUAAAACGGUCGUUCGAAAAAAUCCACCUAUUGAUACAUCAUCGAUUGGCUGUGCUGGUGAACGAGGCUGUUUAAAAUUUGAUAAGGAUGAUUUCGAUCAAGAAUUUGAAUAUACAUAUCUUCCAAUUAGUCCCGAUGAACACAAAGAUGGCAAAAAAGAAAUAUUAGUUCAUCUGAUUACUUGGAAACGACAAGGAUCUCAAGAACAGAAAUUGUUCAAAAAUCAGAAUCUUAGUCUAUGUAAACUUGAAUUUGGUUUAUGUGUUCGACAUGGUCCCGGUGAUUAUAAGCUUGUCUCGACAGUUUCUUAUUCAUCAAUUAUUGAAGAUGGUCAUGGUCCUGUUAGUAUUAAUUCAGAUGUCGUUCAACCACAAAACCUAUGUGCAAUGGGUGGUCAGAUAAUUGAAUUGCCAUUAAGUGUUGAUUGUCCUAAGAGAGAUUUUUCUAUUUCAUGUAACGGUGAGAAACUAGAUGGAAAAAAAUUCAAAAUAGAAAAAAAACAUUUAUUUAUUAUCCCACCACGAAAAGCACAAACUGAUCAGCGUCUUCGUCUGAUCAUCUUACGAAAGGAAUAUGACGAAGAAAAAGAAGUAACAAUGGAAAAAAAACUCUAUGAUCAUAUUUUUGAAUAUGUAUCUCAUGAUGAACAAGGACCGCACGUCUGCUGUCGACAAAACUUUGUUGGACAUAAAAUUCCAACUUCAUGA